UUAGGUCAAUCAGUUCGUCAUUCGAUUAUAGUGGACAUACGAGCCUCUUAAGUCAUAUUUUCAAACAAGCAACAAACAACAAACACAAUCAAAAUGCAAUUCCAAGUAUCUUUCGUCCUGCUCGCCGUCGCCAUGUGCUUCGUAUCUACCUACGCCGCCGAACAGUCUGCAAAACAAUCGUCCCAAUCGGCCGCUCCCGCCGCCGCUGGAGACCGCAAUAAGCGUGGCCUGUACGCUUCGCCCUACUUGGCCGCCCCAUACGCCGCAUCACCAUACGUGGCCUCACCGUUCGUGGCGUCACCAUACGUCGCUCCGCGAUACGCAGCAUCACCGUAUGUCGCUUCCCCGUACGCCGCCRCGCCGUACGUUGCUUCUCAUCACCCGUACGGCGCCGUAUCGUCUUACGCUACUUACCCAUACGUCGCCAAGACUUUCGCUUCACCAUACGCUUAUUAUCCAUGAGAGAUGAUAUAACAGAAGCAGCACCCUGUACGAGUAUAUUAUAUACCAAUACUGGCCAGAGUUACCACGGCACGAAUGUCUAUUUCAUAUAUUAUACAUCUUUGCGUCAACUAUAAAAAUCUACCUAAAACACUUAACACUGUAAUGACCGUGGUUCUAUAUUUAUUAAUUAUAUUAUAGUUAAUGUGAAUGUUCAUAAAAUUUCAACGAAUAAAAUAAAAUAUUAUUAG